UUCCAGUUCUUCGUUAGAGAAAGAGAGGGAGAGAGAAAGAUAAACCAAAGUUUUUGGGGCUUGUUUAUUUUUUUUCCUUCUUACCUCUUAUAAAUCUCUCGAAAAGUUAAUUCAAAUACCGCCGAUCGGAGGUAAAUUCAAAGCAAUAAAGGUUAGAUAUUCUACUUUUGAUGGUCGAUUCUACUUCUAGUUUUGAUGUUCAUGAUUGUUAUUCAAGGAACGAGAAGAGGAUUCUACUUCUCUGAAUUAGUUCCGUGAUAAUUACUUGUUCUUUCCAUAAUUAGGGUUUUAGGGGUAUUGCUUUAUAUUUAAGUUGAUGAUAUUGAGAAGCGGCAUCAGUUUGCAAUUCGAUUAGGUUUUUUUCUGGUUUUGGAGUUGCGAAGGAAGUUUUUAAUUAGGAUUUGAUUGGUUUUGAAUUAGGGUUUUAAUUUUGUUUUAUUUGUGUAAAUCUGUUUGGAGUUCCGAGUUGGUGAUAUUUUUGUUAUCAGCGGAGAAUGAUGGUACUGUGUAGGCAAUGCUGUACAAGUGGGAAAUCAGUUCCCUUAAAUUGAUUGGAAUUCUAUUGAAUUAGGGUUACAGUUCAUAAAAGAGAAGACUUGAAAUUAGGGUUUUUGUUUAUCUGUGUGUUUUUCUGUAUUUGUGGUAGUGAUGGAUGUCGAUAAUGGGAAGAGGAUAUUCAAUAGACUAGGAGGAGGAGGAGGUGGAGGAAGAGGAACAACGGAUAAAGUCUGCUACCAUUGGAGGGCGGGUAGAUGUACCAGGAAUCCGUGUCAGUUUCGGCAUAGUGAACUGCCACAGCCAAGUAGCAGCAACGGGAUGGGAUCAAAGAGAUCCCAUGUGAUACAACCUUCAGAUCAGGGGAAUUUUUCUGGUGGAAACUUCUCUGGUGGGAAUUUCUCUGAUGCUGGCUCAUUUUCGCGAAGAAAACCGAAUACCUACAAUCGAGCUGAUACCCAGCCUUCAAGAUGGGGCAGGGAUCAUGGUCAAGGCGGGGCAGUUAAUGGAGGACCUAGAGGUCCAGGAUUUAGGCCUCCUUUGAAGACUCAAGAUAAGGUUUGCACCUAUUGGAUGGCUGAUAAGUGUUCUUAUGGUGAAGGUUGCAAAUUCUUGCAUCAGUGGUUUGUCAGUGAUAGUUUUACUAUGUUGACGCAACUUGCUGGACACGAGAAGAAGGUCAUUAGCGGGAUUGCUUUCCCAAUGGGGUCUGACAAAUUAUAUUCUGGUAGCAAAGAUGGAACUGUUAGGGUCUGGGACUGUCAAACUGGCCAGUGUGCUGCUGUAAUUAACCUUGGAUCUGAAGUUGGCUGUGUCAUCAGUGAAGGCCCCUGGGUCUUUGUUGGAAUUAAUAACUGCGUCAAGGCUUGGAACACUCAAACCAAUAGUGAACUCAGUCUUAGUGGUCCAUCUGGACAAGUUUAUGCCUUGGCCGUGGGCAAUGAAAUGCUACUUGCUGGAACACAGGAUGGUAGCAUAUUGGUUUGGAAAUUUGUUGCUGCUACCAAUGGUUUUGAGCCUGCUGCUGCUCUUCAGGGUCAUAGUGCUUCUGUUGUUACAUUAGUUGUAGGCGCUAAUAGACUCUACUCUGGAUCCAUGGAUAACACAAUAAGGGUGUGGGAACUUGAGACAUUACAAUGCAUUUAUACUCUGACAGAUCACACAUCAGUUGUAAUGUCUGUUCUUUGCUGGGAUCAGUUUUUAUUGUCAUGUUCUCUGGACAAAACAAUAAAGGUCUGGGCUCUUACCGAGAGUGGAAAGUUAGAAGUCACUUACACCCAUAAAGAAGAAGAUGGACUGUUAGCGCUCUGUGGGAUGCCUGAUGCACAAGGAAAACCUGUGUUGAUAUGCUCAUGCAAUGACAACACUGUUCGUCUCUAUGACCUGCCAUCAUUCAAUGAACGAGGAAAAAUAUAUGCCAAAGAGGAGACUCGAGCUAUUCAAACUGCUCCUGGUGGUUUAUUUUUUACUGGCGACGGAAAUGGUGAUCUAAAAGUGUGGAAGUGGUCUGAGCAAUCACCUGCAGGUGCAGCCACAAUACAACAGUGAUGUAAACUAGAUAAUGACUGUGUGGAGAGGUUAUUUGAAGAUUCUGGACAAUAAAAAGCAUCUCAGUCAGUAAGAAGUAGUCUGAGAAGUAUCCAAGGCAGAUUGAAGAUUAUUGUCAGCUAUUAACAUUCAGUAAAGUUCACAAAAGUGAAAUACUUUUCUCAUGAGCCAAGAAAUCUAAAAAAUGAAAAUGAUGUCAAAGCUUCCCUAGUUUUAGUUUGGGUUUCAUUUUUGAUGAAAGUUUGUAAUGUUUAUUUAAUCAAGUUCCCCCCCUCCUCUAGUCUCAUUAAAUUAUUGUAACAUUGUAUUAAAAGCAAAAAGCAGAAGUAUGAUGAGGAAUGAAAGCAAUUCUUUCUUUCUUCUAUAAAAUCAGUUUUUUUCCUUC